GCUCAGGGCAGGCGAGAUGGCACAGCAGGCAAAGGCGAUUGCCGCCAAAGCCGAUACAAUUCCAUCUAAAAUUCUAUACUGGGAUCUUCACGGCAGGAGUGAGCCUCCUGCAACUUGUGACCUCCGCGUGCAUCCGUUUCUGUCACACGCACGCCCCCUACACAGGGUGAGAAUGGGGAGGAAGAGGGAAGGGGAGAGAAGGGAGGAAGGGAGAUUGUAACAGUAAAAAAUAAGCUCUCGAGAGCAGCACUGCCACCGAGGCUCAGUCCCUGGGACCACCGAGGCUCCCGACCUGGCGGAAGCACUUCCGCCCCCAUCCACGAUGGCGGGAGGGCGGGGCGGGGCUGGCAGGCGGAAGCGGCCGGCGGAUCCCUGGCUUCGCACCAUGGCGGCCGCGACCGCCGCCUCCUCCGCGCUGAAGCGGCUGGAUCUGCGCGAUCCCAACGCGCUCUUCGAGACGCAUGGAGCGGAGGAGAUCCGCGGACUAGAGCGCCAGGUCCGAGCCGAGAUAGAGCACAAGAAGGAGGAGCUGCGGCAGAUGGUGGGCGAGCGGUACCGCGACCUGAUCGAGGCGGCGGACACCAUCGGCCAGAUGCGCCGCUGCGCCGAGGGCCUGGUGGACGCCGUGCAGGCUACCGAUCAAUACUGCGCCCGCCUCCGCCAGGCCGGCUCCGCCGCGCCCCGGGUCCCACGGGCCCCGCAGCCACAGCCGCCGUCCGAGAAAUUCUACAGCAUGGCCGCCCAGAUUAAGCUCCUGCUGGAGAUCCCCGAGAAGAUCUGGAGCGCCAUGGAGGCCUCGCAGCACCUCCGGGCCACACAGCUCUACCUGCUCUGCUGUCACCUGCAUAGCCUGCUGCAGCUGGACUCCUCUAGCUCCAGAUACAGCCCCAUCCUCUCAAGAUUUCCCAUCCUCAUCCGCCAGGUGGCAGCAGCCAGCCACUUCCGGUCAACUAUUUUGCAUGAAAGCAAGAUGCUGCUCAAAUGCCAGGCUGUGUCGGACCAGGCUGUGGCCGAAGCCCUCUGCUCCAUAAUGCUCUUGGAGGAGAGCUCUCCACGCCAAGCCCUCACGGACUUCCUGUUGGCCAGAAAGGCGACUAUCCAGACACUCCUGAACCAGCCUCAUCACGGUGCUGGCAUCAAGGCCCAGAUCUGCUCUUUGGUGGAGCUGCUGGCUACCACCCUGAUCCAGGCUCAUGCCCUUUUCUACACCCUACCAGAAGGCGUGCUGCCCGACCCAUCCCUGCCCUGUGGCUUGCUCUUCUCCACCCUGGAGACAGUCACAAGGCAGCAUCCCACUGGAAAGGGCAUUGGUGCCCUCCAAGGGGAGAUGAAGCUGUGCAGCUGGUUCAGACACCUGCCUGCCUCCAUUAUCGAGUUCCAGCCCACGCUCCGAACUCUUGCACAUCCCAUCAGCCAGGAGUACCUGAAAGACACACUGCAGAAAUGGAUCGACAUGUGCAAUGAAGACAUUAAAAAUGGCAUUGGCAGUCUGCUUAUGUACGUGAAGAGCAUGAAGGGUCUGGCGGGCAUCAGAGAUGCCAUAUGGGACUUGCUCACCAACGAGUCUGCCAGUCACAGCUGGGAGGUGGUGUGUCAGCGGCUUCUGGAGAAGCCGCUCUUGUUCUGGGAGGACCUGAUGCAGCAGCUCUUCCUGGAUCGGUUACAGACACUGACCAGAGAAGGCUUUGAAUCCAUCUCCAACAGCUCCAAAGAGCUUCUAGUCUCAGCUUUGCAGGAACUGGACACCAACAACUCCACAUCGAAUAAGCAUGUCCACUUUGAGCAGAACAUGUCUCUCUUCCUCUGGUCUGAGAGCCCCAGCGAUCUGCCUUCUGAUGCUGCCUGGGUCAGUGUAGCAAACCGGGCUCAGUUUGCCAGUAGUGGCCUCUCCAUGAAAGCCCAAGCUAUCAGCCCUUGUGUCCAGAACUUCUGUUCUGCCCUGGAUUCUAAGCUGAAGGUUAAACUGGACGACCUCCUGACCUACCUUCCCUCCAGUGACACACCAUUGCUCAAGGAUACCACCCCUAUGCACCAGGCUAAGAACUCUGCCUUUGAUAGAUACGCAGAUGCUGGGACCGUGCAGGACAUGCUGCGUGUGCAGUCCGUGGCCUGCAUCAAGUCCGUUGUGGGCUGCAUCCAGGCAGAGCUGCGGACCAUUGAAGAAGUCACACGGGACCGAAAGGAUGUCCUUCACAGCACCAAGCUGCAUGCAGUCCUCUUCAUGGCCAGACUCUGCCAGUCCCUGGGAGAGCUGUGCCCUCACCUGAAGCAGUGUAUUGUGGGAAAGUGCGGGGGUUCUGAGAAACCUGCCAGGGAGGCAAGGGCUCUAAAAAAGCAGGGAAAGGGGAAAGCUCAAGAUGUCCUCCCCACGCAGACCCAGUGGCAGGAAGUGAAGGAAGUCCUGCUCCAACAGAGUGUCAUGGCCUACCGGGUCUGGAGCUCGGCGCUUGUGGAAUUUCUGAUUUGUGGAUUCACUCGAUCACUGCUUCUAAGUGAUGCUGGCUCGGUCCUGGCCGCUGCCACCAAUUGGGAUGAACUAGAAAUUCAAGAGGAGACAGAGUCUGGCAGCAGUGUCACGUCUAAGAUCCGCCUCCCUACUCAGCCAUCCUGGUACGUACAGUCCUUCCUGUUUAGCUUAUGCCAGGAAGUUAAUCGGGUUGGAGGCCAUGCUUUGCCAAAGGCCACCCUACAGGAGAUGUUAAAGACCUGCAUGGCCCAAGUUAUAGCUGCCUAUGAGCAACUCACAGAGGAAAACCAGGUAAAGAAAGAAGGGGCAUUUCCAAUGACCCAGAACCGAGCCCUGCAGCUCCUCUACGACCUUCGCUACCUCACCAUGGUUCUGAGCAGCAAGGGGGAAGAGGGGAGGAGUGGCCGGAGCAAGGCAGACUCCAGAAUUGAGAAGAUGACCGAUGGGCUGGAGGCCCUCAUUGACCCUUUUGACCUGGAUGUCUUCACACCGCAUCUCAACAGCAACCUCAACCGACUGGUGCAGCGGACUUCGGUUCUAUUUGGCUUGGUUAUGGGCACAGAGAAUCAGUUUGCCUCCCGGAGCAGCACCUUCAACUCCCAGGAACCCCAUAACAUACUGCCGCUGGCCUCCAGUCAGAUCAGGUUCGGACUCCUUCCGCUGAGCAUGACAAGCACAAGGAAGGCGAGAGCGACCAACAGAGGCAUUGACACCCAAGCCCAGGCUGGCCCCCCGGCACUUUCCAGAGAUGACCCGACGACGCCUCCCGGCUCCUUAUUCAGGCAGCUUGCAAGCGAGGACGACGACUCACCUGCACCUUCAUUAUUUAAGCUUGCCUGGCUCUCUAAUAUGACCAAGUAGCAUGGGAACACUGCCCAGGCUCUCUAAAUAAAUACUAGCACAUUGUUUUUCCUA